AUGUCUACCUCGUCAUCCCGCUACGAGCCCUCGUCGCUUUCCAGCGUCAAGAACGUCGCUUCAACCUCCUCUUUCCCAUCCCCUACUCCUCUCCGUCUGCAACCACCCAAUGCAGAGGAAGAGGCGGCAGACAUCCAACGCGCAGUCGAUGAGGUCCAGAAGUUCUUCGACUCGCCGCGUUUCGCAGGCAUCAAGCGCCCUUACACUGCCGCCUCGGUGGUAGCCAAGCGCGGAUCCAUGCCCGCUACCCCACCGCAGUCCUCUCUCAUGGCAGACAAGCUUUGGUCCCUCCUGCGUCAUCGCUUCAGCAAGGGCGAGCCAGUCCACACAAUGGGCGCAAUCGACCCGGUACAACAGUCCCAGAUGGCCUACAACCAGGAAGUCACCUACGUAUCCGGUUGGGCUUGCUCGUCUGUCCUCACCACUUGCAACAAUGAGACAGGCCCCGAUCUUGCCGACUACCCCUACAACACUGUUCCCAACCAGGUUCAGCGCCUUUUCAAGGCUCAGCUCCACCACGACAGGAAGCAUUGGGACAACAGGGCAAAGAUGAGCAAGAGCCAGAAGGAGAGCACCCCUUGGGUCGACUAUCUGAGGCCAAUCAUCGCUGAUGCGGACACGGGGCACGGAGGUCUGACUACCGUCAUGAAGCUGGCAAAGCUCUUUGCUGAGAAUGGAGCUGCGGGCAUUCAUUUGGAGGACCAGUUGCACGGAGGCAAAAAGUGCGGUCACCAAGCAGGCAAGGUCCUUGUGCCCACAUCUGAGCACGUCAACCGCCUCAACGCUACCCGCCUCGCAUGGGACAUCCUCGGCUCCUCGAACCUCGUCAUCGCCCGCACGGACUCUGAGUCAGGCAAGCUCAUCUCGUCGAACAUCGACGUGCGUGACCACGAAUUCAUCCGUGGUGCGUACGACCUGCCAGAGGGGACCCCCUCUCUGGCUGAGGCGCUGGCCAAGGCAGAGGCGGAGGGCAAGGUGGGCGGUGAGGUCGACAAGGUGGAGAAGGAAUGGAUGGACGGCUGCAAGCUCAUGACCUUUAACGAGGCCGUCGCCGAGAAGCACGGCAAGGACUCAUCCAAGGUGGCAGAGUACAUGAAGCAAGUUGAGGGCGGCGUUUCCACCACCUCUGCUCGCAGCAUCGCCUCAUCCAUCUUUGGCCCAGAGGGAGUGCCCCGAUGGGACGCAGAAGCACCUCGCACAAAGGAGGGUUACUUCCACUUCACUGGAGGAAUCAACGCUGCCAUCAAACGCGUCAAGUGCUUCGCCCCUUAUGCAGACAUGCUCUGGCUCGAGACCAAGACGCCCAAUCUCAAGGAGGCCCAAUCCUUUGCAGGCGAGAUCCACAAGGACUGCCCAGACAAGAUGCUGGUGUAUAACUUGAGCCCCUCGUUCAACUGGUCAGCGCACGGAUUCAGCGACGCGGACCUCAAGAACUUCAUCUGGGAUAUGGGCAAGACUGGAUUCGUCCUUCAGCUCAUCUCCCUGGCCGGUCUCCACUUGAACGGUCUCGCGGCCGCAGAGCUGAGCCGCGCAUACAAGGACGAGGGAAUGGCAGCGUACGUCCGACUGGUACAGAAGAGGGAGAAGGAGCUGGAUGUGGAUAUUCUCAAGCAUCAGGCUUGGAGUGGAGCAGGCUAUGCGGAUGGACUGGUUACGACCGUGUCCAGCGGAUCAAGUGCGACCGCCGCCACGGGCAAGGAUUCGACUGAGGGUCAGUUCUAG